AUGUUCAAUUGGGCUGUCGACCCUACCGCCCCGCCAGGUCCUACUCUCUCGUCCCUUAACUAUCCCAUUCCUACGCCGCACCACGAGCCGGUACCGACGCCGCAGCCGCAACAGCAACAGCCGCAGCAGCAGCCGCAGCAACAUCAUCAUCCGGGCCAGCACCACCACCAGCAGCAACAGCAGCAGCCGCAGCAGCACGGUGGUGGAGACGUGACGGCGUCGGAAAGCCCCAGCCUAAGGGAGAACCCGUUUACGGAUCAGGACGCGGACGGGAAGGUCGUGCUGCACGGGCAGGAAUUGCAUUUAUCGGGUGUUCGGGGGCCGCAUGAUGGACAUGGACAGCAUCAGGCUGCUGCUCGACGGCGGCAGCAGCAACAGCAACAACAACAGCAUCAUAUCUCACAGCAGAAACAACAUCAUCAGCCUCACUCGCAAGCUCAGCAGCAGCAGCAGCAACAACAGCAGCAGCAGCAACAACAACAGCAACAUCACCAUCAACAACAGCAGCAGGCCAUAUCUCGGCAGCAUUCACACCAGUUGACUCAUUCUCUCUCCCAGCAACAGCAUCCACAGCCUCAGCCUCAGCAACAUCCUCACCAAUUACCGCAACAACACCUCCAACACCAACAGCAUCUUCAAAACCAUCAUCAACGGCAGAGGCAUCAGCAGCAACAAGUUCAGCAGCAGCAGCAACAACAGGCCCAGCAGCAACAGCAGCAGCAACAACAACAACACCACCAAACACCGCAGGCACAACCUACUCCCCAGCAAAAACACCACCAAGACCAGCAGCAAGCUCAGCAACAACACAGCUUACAGCAACAUGUACAUGCGCAGGCGCAGCACCAGAAUCAAAAACGAAAACAUCAACAGCAACAAAGGCAUACCCAAACACCCGCUCCCCAACCUCAGCAGCAGCAACAACAGGUAGCGGCGGCAGCAGCGGCAGCGCAGCAACAACAGCAGCAACAACAAGUUCAGCAGCAGCAGCAGCAGCAGCAACAGCAACAACAAGCGCAACAACCGUCACAACAGUCUUCAGCCUCCCAGCCGGCUUGGGAGCGUUCUGUACCGGUUCCAGUACCCGCAACUGUUCCACAAGAAGAAAACGACGCCGAAAUAGCAGCCCUUGAAGGCAAUGCACCGCGGAAACAUGGCAAACGGCUUACAACUCGCGAAGAAACCGCGUUAUUCGAAAUAUGUAAUCGUCACGCAGAGACCUUUGGCGAGCGUAACAAGCUCUGUGAAUGGUGGAUGGCCAUAACCUUGGAAUUCAACCGGAUAGAGGGCCAUCCGUAUUCAUGGCACAGUGUCCGCCGAAAAGUCGAAUUCGUCACACAGCAACGCAUCAAGUUUCUAAGCGGUAUGGGCGGGAAACGGGGGGAUGACCAGGCAGACGCAGCUUGGAGUGCGGCCGUGGACGCUUGGGUUCCAGUCUGGAAGCGGUUCCAACAGCAAGAGACGGAGCGAAUAAGUGCAAAGCAAGGCAAGAGAGGUCGAAAGAGGAAAUCUAUGGCAGUCGACGGUGCAAGUCUAGAGACUCCCAACCACCAAACUCCUACGCCUCAACCACCUCCUGCAACCCAGCAACAGUCACAGCAACAUACUCCUCAGCAGCAACAAGCCGAAAUACAGCUUCCCAUGGGAUUUGGAACCAUGUUCAACGGCACCCCUACCAACAAUGGUGCGGAACAUCCCCACGCCCACCCGGUUAACACAGCUACCCCGGACCUCAUCGCCCCAACAGCUAGCAAUCCCUCUUCUUCCUCUCCACAAACGGAUCCAAACAAUGUCUCCGCAGCAACUCUCAAAGCUAUCUCGCGUCUCAAUAAUACUCCCAAAGCAGCUAUAUCCCGACAUCCAAACCUCUCCCCUUCCACCGCCAUGUUAAUGUCCGCUGCCGAAAACUCCUCUGCUCGCCGCCCUUUCAACUCUCCUUCCAUCCCCGUCUCCGUCUCCAUACCAGAUACUCACCAACAACAUCACCCUCAUCAAGGCGGCCCCGGUCCUCGUGGCUCCAACCCAGCUAACGCCGGCGUACCCGUCACUGGUGUCAGCGGAGCCCCUACAGCCAACGGCAACCUAACAGAUGUUUAUAUGGCCGAUGUCUCUGCUGCCGCAUCCGCCGUUGCUCAGUCCAUAUCUGUCUCAACCAUAGACCAGAUCCGCUCCGAGCUACGGGCCGAGUUUCGUGAGCAGUUGGAGAAGGACCGUCUACAGCUUGAGGAGAAAAUUACUGCCGUGCAACGAACUCAAGAAAUGAUCCUCAGCUUGCUGAAUGACCAGCGUUUCAUGAAAUGA